ACCAAAUAUAACCCAGGAAAUAAUACUCAAUAAAUCAAUAUAAAAUCCCUUCUCUUUCUCAUUAGGGUUCUUUAUUUCCCCCUCCAUCAUCAUCAUCACUCUCUCUUCGCUCCAAACCCAUAAAAAAAAGAUUCGAUUUUUAUGAGAAUUUUUCGAUAAUCAAUUCAUCUUGAGGAUGCCAGCAACGGAGUACCAAAGAUCAUUCGGGAGGACGCUACUCAACCUACGCCGCGACUCGGUCCACUCGGUCGCAGAAUCCUCCACCACCGAGUCGACUCAGAUGGAGGCCGAGCUUGAAUCGUUCCAGAGAAGAGUCGCCGAGAGGUUCGUCGACCUCAACGCCUCAACCUCCGAGGACCUCCUCUCCCUCGAAUGGGUCGGGAAGCUCCUCGAAUCGUUCCUGUUAUGUCAAGAGGAGUUUCGCGUCAUCAUCGUCUCCAACCACCGCGAGCUCGUAGCCAAGCCUCCGAUGGAUCGGAUGGUAUCGGAGUAUUUCGACAGGAGCGUCAAGGCCCUCGACGUCUGCAACGCGAUCCGCGACGGCGUGGAGCGGAUCCGCCAGUGGCAGAAGCUGAUCGAGAUCGUCGUCUGCGCUUUCGACAGGACGAGACCUCUCGGAGAAGGGACCUUCCGCCGCGCGAAGAAGACGCUGAUUGAUUUGGCGAUCGGGAUGCUGGACGACAAGGACGCUUCUUCCUCGAGCUCCGUGACUCAACAGCAUCGUAACCGUUCGUUUGGUCGGAACAAGGAGAAAACAAUCGGACAUUUCAGGUCGCUGUCGUGGUCGGUGUCGAGGUCUUGGUCGGCUUCGAAGCAGUUGCAAGCUUUGGGGAACGGUUUGGCUCCGCCUCGAGCGGGGGACGUGACGGCGACGAGCGGUUUGGCGGUUCCUGUCUACACGAUGGCGUCGGUGUUGUUGUUUGUGAUGUGGGCCCUUGUCGCGGCGAUCCCUUGUCAGGACAGAGGGCUUCAGGUGCAUUUCAACGUGCCUAGGAGUUUUCAGUGGGGAGGGUCGUUGAUGUCGUUGCACGAUAGGAUCAUCGAGGAGUCGAGGAAGAGGGAGAGGAGGAACAGCUGUGGGUUGUUGAAGGAGAUUAAUCAGAUCGAGAGGAGUUCGAGAUUGAUGGGGGAGUUGGUUGAUUCUGUUCAGUUUCCGUUGUCGGAGGAGAAGGAGGUUGGAGUGAGGGAGAGGGUUGAGGAGUUGGGGAAGGUUCAUGAAGCUUUGAAGAAUGGUUUGGAUCCGUUUGAGAGGAAAGUGAGGGAAGUGUUUCAUAGGAUUGUGAGGAGCAGAACAGAGGGUCUUGAGUCUGUUGGAACAGCACCCUAGAUGAUGAUGAUCAAUGAUCUUUUUGAUCCGUAAAAAUGUGAACUUUGUUUAUCAAAUGCUGGUUACGUUUGUAUCAAUGCCAAGAAAAAGCUUGGGUCAUAGAAGAUUGAUAAAGAAAACCUUUUUUCGAUCUUGGUCGUCUGUAAUGUAUAUCUCAUUUGCCAAGAACGGCACCAAAGGUUGUAUUGUUAGUUUCUUUUUGAAGAUUUGGUUUCAAAUUAUGUAACUUUUGAGUAUAAAGACUAGCAUGAUUAAUUAAAACAAGAGAAAUUUGUUCUUGAUUAUUGAAAAACA